AUGUAUCACCAACUUAAUAGAGUUACUGGCAGGCUUGUAGCCGCAACACACUUGCAAAGUCCACUAUUUCCAGUUGCACCAAUUGCUUUGCAACGAGUGGAACCCCCGACAAUCCAGUACAACACAGCUCAACUCUCAAGCGUAGCUGAAGCCUGUCCAGCUCCAGGUAAAAGAAACCUGAUGCCUGGCACCAACACCCCUUACCCUCCUGUGCCAGAGAAGAUCCGCCAGAGGCAACAACAGUUCCAGACGGAAGAUGAUGUCCCAGUCUUCUUAAAAGGUGGUCCUUUCGAUGGCAUUCUAUACCGCUUCACUAUGGCUCUCUGCAUUAUUGGCAUAAUCGGAGUUGGCGAAACCAUCUACUCCCACGCUGUACCUAAGAAGUAG